AUGGUUGAUCUCUUUAACGUGCAGAUUUUCUUCGUGGUGCUUCGUGAGGCAUUGGAGGCCGUCAUCGUUGUCUCGGUGCUCUUGGCCUUUUUGAAACAAGGCCUUGGUGGUGCCACCGAAGACCCUGUGGUCUAUAAGCGCUUGCGAAAACAGGUGUGGCUAGGGGCCGGCGUGGGGUUGAUUGUUUGCUUGUGUAUUGGCAGUGCUUUUAUUGCUGUUUUCUACACGCUUAAGGAUGACGUUUGGGCCCAGUCGGAGGACUUGUGGGAGGCCAUUUUCUGUCUCAUUGCUGCGAUCAUGAUCACGUUCAUGGGUCUUGCCAUGCUUCGUAUUAACAAGAUGAAGGAGAAGUGGAGAGUCAAGUUGGCCCAGGCUUUGAUCAAAAAGCCCGAGGGGUCCAAGAAGCGCUUCAGUUUGGGCCACUACACCAAGAAAUAUGCCAUGUUCGUGUUGCCCUUCAUCACUGUUUUGAGAGAGGGCCUUGAGGCCGUCGUGUUUGUGGGCGGAGUCGGUUUGACGUCGCCUGCCUCCUCGUUCCCAAUUCCCGUGAUCUGCGGCCUCUUGGCGGGUCUUCUUGUCGGUGUCAUCAUGUACUAUACCGGAGCAAACUUCUCCUUGCAAAUCUUCUUGAUUGUGUCCACGUGCAUCUUGUACUUGAUUGCAGCCGGGCUUUUCUCCAGAUCUGUCUGGUUCUUCGAGGCUUACAUGUUCAACCAGGCCACCGGCGGCGAUGCGGCCGAGGGCGGAUCUGGGCCAGGCACAUACAACAUCAAGAAGUCUGUGUGGCACGUCAACUGCUGCAACCCAUUGAUCGACAAUGGAUGGGACAUUUUCAACGCCUUGUUGGGCUGGCAAAACUCCGCCACUUAUGGCUCGGUGAUCUCGUACAACGUCUACUGGAUCUUCAUCAUCGUCACGGUCUUUUUGAUGGGCUUUGAGGAGAAGUACGGGCACUUGCCAUUCCUCAAGAACGUGAAGAUGAGAUCUUUGAACCCUAUGUACUACAUCAAGGGCAAGAAGGAGAAGGAGUUGUCACAGGCCGAGCGCGAUGCGUUAUUUGAGAACUUGAAGGCGCAAAGAAUAGGCCAACACGAAGAUGUUUCUCUUGAGUCGCUUAUCAGCGAAUCUCAGGAAGCUCCUGCUGAAGAAGCCAGAGCCGACGAAACCAGAGCUCAUUGA